GGUUCGAGAGCUGGCGGCAGACAGGUGGCCCAGGUGGACUCGCCGGCUAUGGUGAGAGCACGAUGCUGGCCCGAAAAAGCAUCAUCCCAGAGGAGUAUGUGCUGGCGCGCAUCGCGGCCGAGAACCUGCGCAAGCCGCGGGUUCGAGACCGCCUGCCCCGAGCCCGCUUCAUCGCCAAGAGCGGUGCCUGCAACCUGGCGCACAAGAACAUCCGCGAGCAGGGGCGCUUCCUGCAGGACAUCUUCACCACCCUGGUGGACCUCAAAUGGCGCCACACGCUGGUCAUCUUUACCAUGUCCUUCCUCUGCAGCUGGCUGCUCUUCGCCAUCAUGUGGUGGCUGGUGGCCUUUGCCCACGGGGAUAUCUUUGAAUACAUGGAGAAGAACAGCCAGGAGAAAGGGAUGCUGGAGUCUAGGGUGUGUGUGACUAAUGUCAGGUCCUUCACUUCUGCUUUUCUCUUCUCCAUCGAGGUCCAAGUGACCAUUGGCUUCGGAGGGAGAAUGAUGACAGAGGAGUGCCCACUGGCCAUCACGGUGCUCAUUCUCCAGAACAUUGUGGGUCUCAUCAUCAAUGCCGUCAUGUUGGGCUGCAUUUUUAUGAAAACUGCCCAGGCUCACAGGAGAGCGGAAACUCUAAUUUUCAGCCGCCAUGCUGUGAUCGCUGUGCGUAAUGGCAAGUUGUGCUUCAUGUUUCGCGUCGGUGAUCUCAGGAAAAGCAUGAUCAUCAGUGCCUCUGUGCGAAUCCAAGUGGUUAAGAAAACCACCACCCCCGAGGGAGAGGUAGUGCCUAUUCAUCAAAUGGACAUCCCUGUUGAUAAUCCCAUUGAGAGCAAUAACAUUUUCCUGGUGGCCCCUUUGAUCAUUUGCCAUGUGAUUGACAAGCGCAGUCCCUUGUAUGAUAUCUCAGCAACUGACCUAGUCAACCAAGACCUGGAAGUCAUCGUGAUUCUGGAAGGAGUGGUUGAAACUACUGGUAUCACUACUCAGGCAAGAACCUCGUACAUUGCCGAGGAGAUUCAAUGGGGCCAUCGUUUUGUGUCUAUUGUCACUGAGGAAGAAGGUGUCUAUUCUGUGGAUUAUUCCAAAUUUGGUAAUACCGUGAAAGUGGCUGCUCCUCGCUGCAGUGCUCGAGAGCUGGAUGAAAAACCUUCCAUCCUCAUUCAGACACUCCAGAAGAGUGAACUAUCCCACCAAAAUUCUCUGAGGAAGCGUAACUCCAUGAGAAGAAACAAUUCCAUGAGGAGGAACAACUCCAUCCGCAGGAACAACUCUUCCCUCAUUGUACCAAAGGUGCAAUUUAUGACUCCAGAAGGAAACCAAAACACAUCAGAAUCAUGACAUCAAGACCAGUCCAAGGAAGUCUUGUCCUCUCAUGCAGGACAAUGUCAAACUGUAUCAGAGGCAGGACCCAGUGUUUUGUCCUUGAACACUUAAUGCACUAAAUGAUAUUCAUAUUCAAACUACGGCACCUUUUAUAGCAACAUUAAUAUGAGGAUAAAAGACUUGUGUCCUGCAAUUGUUUUAUACAUGCAAUAUUUGUCAUGACAGGUUUGAAUUAUGUUUUGGAACUGGUAGA